AUGAAAAUAAUCCUAAUUUUUGGGGAAAGUUUUCAUUUGCUGGAGGACCAACUCAACUUCCUAGAUAAAUAUUACAUAAAUUGGAAAAAGAAUUUAUUUAACCUAAUGGUAAAUCAAUAUUAGAAAUAUCAAAAUAUGAUCAUGAAUAUCAUCAAAUUUUAGAUAAAGCUAUUAAUGAUUUAUAAUGUCUUUUAAAUGUAAUUUUAUAAUAUCAUUUCUAUUAAAGAUUCCAAACCAAUAUAAAAUUAUCUUUUGUUAAGGUGGAGCAUCCCUUUUAUUUGAAGCAAUCCCUAUGAAUUUAUUAAAAACAUAAAAUACUUCUUGCACCUAUACUAACACUGGAUAUUGGUCAGAAAAAGCAUUAGAUGAAGCUAAGAAAUUCUGUUAAAAUGUAAAUAUUGCCACCAAUAUUGCUGUAUAAUAUGAAAUUAAUUGAAGUAUGAUGAAUUUGGUAAAAGAUUUGUUCCUAACAUUGAUUAAUGGAAUAUAAAUUAAGAUAACUCCUAUCUUCAUUAUUGUGAUAAUGAAACUGUUGAAGGAUUAGAAUAUUAAUUUAUUCCAAAAUUUGGAAGAACUCCUAUUAUUACAGACAUGAGUUCCAAUUUUUUGACUAAGUAAUAUAAUUUUUUUAUUGAGGCCUUUGGAUUGGAAUAAAUUAGACUUUGUUUAUGCACAUGCAUAAAAGAAUAUUGGAAUAGCAGGUUCAACAUUAAUGAUUUUAAAACCUGAAUUAAUACAAAACAAUCAUAAUAUUCCUUAUAUGUGGGAUUUUAAGGAAAUGCUUAAUAAAUAAUCAUUAAUUAGUAAUCUUCCAAUCUUUCCAAUAUAUGUCAAUACUUUGGUUUUUGAUUGGAUCAAAAAUUAAGGAACUCUUGAAUCCUGGGAUCAACAUUGCAAAUAAAGAUCUCAAUAAAUAUAUCAAAUUAUUGAUAAUAGUCAUGGAGUUUUUAUUAAUAAUGUGAAAAAAGAACAAAGAUCAAGAAUUAAUGUCACUUUUACUUUAAAAGAUGAAAAUUAAACAAAUCGAUUUAUUGAUUUAUGCAAAGAUAAUGAUAUUAUUGAAGUGAAAGGUCAUCGAGCUAUAGGUGGAUGUAGAAUAUGUUUAUAUAUGCCUAUUCCUUAAAUCGCUAUAAAUAAAUUAUGUACAAUUAUGGAAGAAUUUAUGA